AGCCGGGAUUCGAAGCAACAACAGACGCGCUGAUUGGACGUCCCGUCUCCCAUGAGGGGUUGCUUCCAAAAGAUUUGCAAAAGGGUUUAUUGUUUCUUUGCUUUCGGGAGCUGAAAUUGUUUGCCUUUCACUCAGUUCUACAAUCAAAUAACGAGGCGGAAAAAUGGCUGGAGGAAAGGCAGGAAAAGACAGCGGGAAGGCCAAGGCGAAGGCGGUUUCUCGCUCCCAGAGGGCUGGGCUGCAGUUCCCAGUGGGUCGUAUCCACAGGCACUUGAAGACCCGCACAACCAGCCACGGUCGUGUUGGAGCCACAGCGGCCGUGUACAGCGCUGCCAUCCUGGAGUACCUCACCGCUGAGGUAAGCCUCCAGAACGAUCCGCUAACGGCUGCUCCGGAUGUUUUGGACUCAUUCAUGAACUAUGAACAGGUACUAGAGUUGGCAGGAAACGCCUCCAAAGACUUGAAGGUGAAGCGUAUCACUCCCCGGCAUUUGCAGCUGGCGAUCCGUGGUGAUGAAGAGUUGGACUCUCUUAUCAAGGCAACGAUUGCCGGUGGAGGUGUCAUUCCCCACAUCCACAAAUCCCUCAUCGGGAAGAAGGGCCAGCAGAAGACUGCAUAGACGCCGCGCUGACCAGAAAUUUUUGGACUUGGGUUAUCUUUUUGGACCAGGAGUUCACAUUUGUUUUUUUCUAUUAUUAAUAUUAUAGCAGCGAAGAGUGAUUGUUAGGCUUUGUGUUCUAUUUUUCCCAUCAUUAGAGAAAGUACAAAACAUCCCUAACAACCCUUUGUAUUUUAUUGUAGAACGUUUGACUGGGAAUUCACAAUUUAAACUGUUGAUGGUGAAUUUGUUUGAUUGGCUUCACAAUCUGUAAUGUUUUAUACUGAAAAAAUGUUAAAAACCAUUUUUUAUAUAAAGAGGUCUUGUUUUGUGGUUAUUUUUCCUGAAGUGAAAACAUUUGCUAAAACAGCUUUUUAUGGAGUGGAUUGUUUCAGGCGGUGAAGUGGGUAUGAGCAGCUAAAUGUUCCAGGUGCUUCUGGUUUGUUUUCCACUUUUAUUGUAUUGAUCUUAAACUGCACAAACAUUGAUGUAUGAAAAGUUGGGCUUUUAUUUCCAUCAGAACUUCCAAUCGCUGACUGUGACCGUCUUCUGCAGUGUUUGUCUGAAUGUUUACAGCAUUUUGAACUUGUUAAACUUGAAACCGUCGGUCAGACUCGACGUGCCGCAUCUUCACUGUGGGAAAACGCACUGCCGGUAACUUGCCAUCAGAACCUGGAACCAGGUGCUUGAGGGGGGCGGAGCUUCAAACAUUUACCUGCAAUACCUAACUGAACUGUCCUUACUUGACCGUCAUGUUUUUUGAAGAGCAGACGUCAAAGCCUUUUCUAAGAGCGAUGUGUUGAAGACGCUGCGUCUUUUAUCUUUGAAUAAAAACCCUUGGCAUGUUGA